AUGGCUGAAAAGUCGAACGUAAAGCCCUCCACAAUGUGGUCCAGCAAACCGGUGAAGAUGAAGCUCUUCGGAGCUUGGGAGAUUGACAAGACCCCGCCGGACUGUAUUCCAAGAUUGUGCUCACUGAACAUCAAUCGCCUCAGCUGGACGCCAUCCAUGCGACAGGAUGUGACUGCAAUCAUUGUGGCCGUGAAGAUGCAAAACUCCAAGCGCAUUCUACGCUCUAAUGAGAUUGCCAUAGCGCUACCAUCGCACACCAGUGACUCUCCUGCUUCCGCUGACAUUGAGCUCGAUUUGUCCUUCACACUUCAAUAUCCUCACUUUCUCAAACGAAACUGCAACUACUUACAAAUCAUUCUACAGCGACGCAAAAAGUAUAAAAACAAGGCCAUCCUCGGUUUCAAAACGUUAGCAUGUGGUGUUAUUGACAUGGCCGAAGUUUUACAACGCUCAACGAUAGUCGAGAAGGACAUUGAUCUGAUAGGGCACGUCAAAGAGUCGGGCAAAAAUGAGAACCUGGCUCGCAUUACCAUCUCCACUCUGCGCAGUCAGCCAAUCGAUCAGGAUAGCAACCUUCGCCGGGGAAAGGUGUCAAUUGACCGUCCAGAUGUGUACAGCGACGAGGAUGACUUUACCUCGGCGGAAGACGGCAGCGAUAGUGAGACAAUCGAGGAGGGUAAUGCUCGCGAUCGGAUGAAUCACUUCCGGCGCAAAGUGAACAGCCGAAAGCCAAGAAAGCUCUUCUCAGGCAAUGACAAGUUCCAGUCGGGCGUACCUUCGAAUGUGCAGCAACGCAAUCUAAAGCAGAAGUUCAUUUCAUUGCUCAAGAAGUUUCGACUGCCCGACUCUGAGGGCGUGUACGACUCGGAGGAGAAGUUCCAGGAGGCGCUGGAGAAGGAGCUGAUGAGCAGCAAUCAGGAGCCAGCGGAUAUUGACGAGUACUUUGACGACGACGACAUCGACGAGCUGGACUACAUGAGCGACAGUGGACAGGAGUUUGAUGACGUCAGCAUAUCGUCAACGCCAAAGCCCAGUCUAAGGCCAUUCUUCUCCUCGUGCACUCUCGUCGGCCAGGACAAGCCGGAAGAGCAGUUUCCUGCAUUUCAAGGGAAGAAGCCCUUUGACAAUGAUAGCCAGGAGAACUCUGGUGCUGAGCAGACGCCUGACACCUCUGACACCAGUCAGAAGCACACGGAGCCACAGGAGCCCGUGAGCCUGAAGAAGAGCGAAGAGACAAAGAAGAAGGCCGUAAAUGACAAGGAGGUGAAACGGGUGAAGCUUUUUCCCACUGCCAAAGACAAGGAAAACAAAAGCCAGCCGAAAGAGAGAAAACAACCUGUGAGCAAUUCGCUUUCCCUUACCAGUGCGUCGAUGAGCAAAGACGACAGCAGUCCAAAAGAGUUUAUUCUUGAGCAGUUGAACAAAGUGUUCUCCUCUGAUGAGCACAACAUCCCCGACGAGAUUCUCUUCAUCAACAUGGCUGAGUGUGCACAAGCAGCCCUGCUGAUGGCCGUCUUUGAGCGGACGCACCAUAUCAUUGGCACAAACACACUGUCAGACGUCAAGUUUUCGUUUACCUUUCUCUGCAACAAGAUCCAGAAGUUUUGCAACAGUAACCUCAAGACGCCGAUUCCCAUUAAGCUGGCGCUCAUUGGCUCUGAGGCGUACGUGAACUCAUUUCUGCGCAUCUACGUCGAUCUACUCAGCUCUAAAUCUCCCGACUGGCAGACCUACCUGCGCUUCUACCUGAUUCCUGCCAGCUUCAUCAACUCCUCCUCGCCGGCGUCAUCCUCCCCACUGCACAAGUACCUCGCCAGCAUUGACCCUGCCUAUGCUGGCUACUUUCACACCAGCAAGGACUCGGUGGAAUCUAGUCGAGACGCCGGAGGCUCAUCUGAAGCUGCUGCUGCUUCCUCUGCUGGUGCUGUCGCUGGAAGCAGUGGCGGUGCUGGGGGCUCCCUCGUCAGUGUUCAGGAGCUGUACAGCAAGGUGGUCAACUACCUGAAUGGUGCGCAAACCCUGCUGCAGAUACCAAUUGCCGAGGCGAUGGUCACCUACAAGGACAAGACCGGUGAAGAUGAACCUAGUCAGGUCUUUAUUCCCUUUAUCAGUGAUGCCAAGAUUGUUAUGCGACUGGGAAAGAAGAAAGAGAAGGAAAACGAGUCAAAGUGUCAAGUGGUGGAAGGCAUCUGUCGACUGGUGUGCUCGUACAAGGCCACACAGUCACCGAUCAAAGUGAACAUCGACGGUGUUGAACUGACCGGUGUCAAGUUCUUCCAGCUGACCACUCAAUGGCAGACGCAGAUCAAGUUCUUCCCGCUGGUCAUCUUCUCUACGCCUGAUUCCUUCGCAGUGAACAGCUCCCCCUUUGGCAAUUCGUCCAACAACUACAAGAUGCUAAAGUGA